GGUAGGGUUGUUUUUUGUUGUCGCGACCAUAUUUGUUAUGGCAGCAGGAUUAGCUGCUCGGUGAAAAUCGUCGAUAAUUCCACCAAAAUGGAACUUUCCCGUGACGAAAGUGUGCGUCAGCUGUAGAGUGCGGCGGGUGCCACCGACUGGCGCUAGUGUUUUCCGCGGGGCGGUGUUCGUUGCCACAGGAAAAGCAUUUUUCACUUCACGUCCGACUGUGGUCGGUCGCCAUUUCUCUGUUAGGGGGUACAGCUGCGACAGUAAUAGAAACAACAGCAACAACAAGAUCGAGGUUGGCUGCAGGGCUGAGUUCCAUUCGGAGGCAUAUCGGAUUGGUGCUGGUUGGAAAAUAUCGUUGAUUGGAUGCGUUUCUAACGGACGGGUGGAAAUCGUAGGCUUAGGUGGUGUAUGAUAUCUUUCAUUCAGUACACGCUGAAUAUCAUGAGCAAUCUAAGCAAUAGUCACAACAGCAACACAGGAAGCAGCCAAAAUUCUGCUGCCGAGGGCACAAUGGAAAGGGGAAGCUGUAUCCUAGUACGAUAUGCCAGCCAGAACUCCCUCGAUGAGAGUUCGCAGAAGCAGCACCCACGGUCGAACGGGAAAGACAAAACAGUUGGCGGUGCUUACAGAAACAAUGUGCACACGCAACGAUCAUUCGACGCUAUGAACAAUAUGCGAGAACAAAACCUACUCUGUGAUGUGAUACUGGUCGCCGAUGGCAUCGAGAUUCCAGCGCACAAGAUGGUACUAGCCUCGUGCAGUCCGUACUUCUAUGCCAUGUUUACCGGCUUCGAGGAAAGUCGACAGGAUCGCAUAACCCUGCAGGGUGUGGACCACCGUGCGCUUCAACUGCUCAUCGAGUACGUGUACACUUCGGUGGUCGAGGUCACCGAGGAUAACGUGCAGGUUCUGCUGACGGCAGCCAACCUGCUGCAGCUGACCGACGUGCGGGAUGCAUGCUGCGAUUACCUACAGACCCAGCUGGAUCCGAGCAACUGUCUGGGGAUUCGGGACUUUGCCGACAUUCACGGGUGUAUCGAUCUGUUGAACUACGCCGAGACGUACAUUGAGCAGCAUUUUUCGGAGGUUGUUCAGUUUGACGAAUUUUUGAAUCUCACGAGCGAACAAGUUGUUAAUUUGAUUAAAAGCGAUCGGCUCUCUGUUCCAUCGGAAGAAAAGGUAUACGAAUGUGUCAUCGCCUGGAUCCAGUACGACAUCUGCACCCGUCAAUCCUUCCUAGCCGACUUGAUGGAGCACGUCCGGCUUCCGCUGCUGUCGCAAGAAUACCUAGUGCAACGUGUCGAAAAGGAACAACUACUUAAAGGCGAUCUCCAGUGCAAGGACUUCAUCAUCGAAGCGCUCAAGUACCACUUGCUAAAAGGCGAACUGAAGUCGACCUUCAAGACACCGCGAACCAUUCCGAGGCAACCCGUUGGGCUGCCCAAGGUGCUGCUCGUCAUUGGAGGUCAGGCACCGAAAGCGAUCAGGUCGGUGGAGUGCUACGAUUUGCGCGAGGAGCGGUGGUAUCAGGUGGCGGAAAUGCCUACGCGGCGAUGCCGUGCUGGGCUGGCCGUUUUGGGCGAUAGGGUUUACGCUAUCGGUGGGUUCAAUGGGUCCUUGAGGGUACGCACUGUUGAUGUUUAUGAUCCCGUUCAGGAUCAGUGGAGCACUUGUAACAGCAUGGAGGCACGGCGGUCAACUUUGGGAGUGGCCGUUCUGAAUAGUUGCAUUUACGCGGUGGGUGGUUUUGAUGGAUCAUCGGGUUUGAGUUCGGCGGAGAUGUUUGAUCCGAGAACGCAGGAGUGGCGCUUGAUUGCUUCGAUGUCGACUAGGCGAAGUUCGGUUGGAGUUGGGGUUGUCAAUGGGUUGCUGUACGCGGUCGGAGGAUAUGAUGGUGCUUCGAGACAGUGUCUGUCGUCGGUGGAACGGUACAACCCGGCUAUGGAUACAUGGACCCAAGUUUCGGAGAUGACUGAUCGUCGAAGUGGUGCUGGAGUUGGAGUUCUAGACAAUAUGCUGUAUGCGGUUGGGGGUCAUGAUGGACCGUUGGUUAGGAAAUCAGUUGAGGCUUACAACGCGGAAACUAAUACUUGGCACAAGGUUGCCGAUAUGGCAUUCUGUCGUCGGAAUGCUGGAGUAGUUGCUCACAAGGGAAUGCUGUUUGUAGUGGGAGGAGAUGACGGAACAUCGAAUUUGGCUUCGGUAGAGGUUUAUACUCCGGAGACGAACACUUGGCGAUUGCUACCGGCUUCGAUGAGCAUUGGGCGUAGCUAUGCUGGAGUAGCAAUGAUAGAUAAGCCCAUGUGAAGCGAACAGCAGGGCGCUUCCGCCGCCACAGCAGCAAGCAGCUCAAGGUAUGCGAAUUGUUCGAUCAUUGGUAGUGCAAACAAUAAUUACAACAAUAGUCAGAAUAACAACCAAAACAACGAUGACGAGAAUAGUCAGGCAGAAGGGCUGAACUCGGAAGCUGGUGCUGUAGGUUAUAAUCAGGCUUCAAACAAUAACAAUAACAACAAUGCCAAUAACAACAACAAUAACAAUGUACACUACGAAAACAUUUACGAGUCAAUUGAACAAUACGCUGCUGCCGCAAAUGCUGGUGUGGCUGCGGUUGCCCCUGCAGUAGCUCAAAAUCCUUCAGGAAUCAUUCCACCACCCGGAGCAGGUCCUCUUCUUGGUAUGCCGUCAAAUCAACCACCACAACCGAUUCCGGGACCUUCAUCACUUGGUAUUGGGCCUCGCUGCAACAAUGUUCAACCGGGAGUUGUUCCAGGUCCUCCACCACCACCAAGUAUGCUCCAGAUGCAACAGCAAUAUCUUUCGCUUGCCUAUCGCAACGAACUGUAUGACAGAACUGCCGGGUACGAUGUACCACGUGGCGGAGGAGCUCCGCGCAACAACUACUACCAAAAUCAACAAUCGAUGGCCACUGGACCACGUUACCAGAAUCUACAUCUAGAUCUUAAUCGACCCAGACAUUCGCACAACAGCAUGAGAGCACCUCGUCAAAGAAGUUUCGAUGAUACCGAAUCCUAUCAUUACCAUCGCUACCAAAAUCAGAACUUUGCCAAAUAUGAUAACGUUUACGAAAGAGUUCGUGAGGAGCCUGCCUACCAAAAUACAGGAUCAUUUGGAAACGGAGCAGCCGGACCGUCCAACCGCGGAAUAUUUGGAAGAUUGGACGUUAUUGGACACGGCGUAGGACGCAUCGAGCGUCAUUUGAGCUCUUCUUGUGGGAAUAUCGAUCACUACAGUCUUGGAGGGCACUACGCCGUUCUAGGACAUAGCCAUCUUGGUACAGUUGGGCACAUUAGACUGAACCCUAGCAAUAACAACCAACCUAGUGGUGCUGCUGGGAAAGAUUCUUCGUCGGUCAAUGUUAAGAGUUUCUUCAGCUGUUUGGGAGGAGAGAAUUCGCAGUCCAUGAACAACAUUAGUAAGAACGGAAGCUCUGGUCAACCGGGAGCAUCCGGAAGUGCAUCAAAUGGUGAAGCAGCGGGUGGUUCUGGACCUCCUCCAGCCUCAUCUUCCGCUUCCUCGUCAACAGCAACAAAGAUUACAGGCACAAUUCCAAAAAUCAGGAGCAAAUCCAAAAAGGAUACUCAAAACAGCUCUGGCUCUGGCGAUCAAGCUGAAGGAGAAAACCAAGUGAACCGUGUCUCCAAACCAUCUCUACAGUGGUUGCUGGUGAACAAAUGGCUUCCCAUGUGGGUGGGACAGACUCCACCGGACUACAAGUUCAUUGAUUUUAACUUCAUGUUCUCCCGAAACUGUGACGGUUGCGGUAGUACCACAAAUCAUCAAGAGCUUAUGCGAUUGGAUGGUCAAGCUGAAAUGCGUUCUCACGAGUACGGAGAUUACAUUCCGCCGGCCAGAGAAUACCCGACCAUGAAUGGAAGUUACCCGAGAGUUCUCAGAAAUACUCCGCAACUGUCGCGUUUACGUGAACAUGAGUAUGAAAACGUUCCCGUUGACUCACCUCCGGGUCGAUUGGACUUUGCCGGUGCUCGAUCCGCCUUUAGCUACGUGAACCGAGCCAGGUCAGAGAGUCCUUCUCGUUCGAACACAACUAGACGUGAGGAGCGUAACGGAGGUGAUCCCUUCCGUAACUGGGCAUUCAACUUCGAGGACAAUAGUUUCCGACCUGCUGGUUCAGUUCCGCGUCCUCGUGAAAUCCGCCGUAUAACCGAUGGAACCUUCCGUGCCACCGAUUUCUCGCUGGAUAACGAAAGACCCGGAAUAAGCCGUGACCGUUCACAAGAUUUGUCCAAAACCCCUCCAACCAUUGUCGUUAACGAGUCAGCAUCUCCGUCGACUUCGCGUUCAAACUCCGCUUCGCCACCGAAAAGUAAGGAAUCGUCCGUUUCUCCAGUUCAACCGGAGCGAGGUGGCACUCCGGCGUCAUCUUCUUCGGAUUCGGAAAUAUUUGUCAUGGAUUCCGUUGCGACCGAUGCUGGCGGGCCAGCUGAGGACAGUAGCGGUUGUGGUGGUGGAGGUGCUAGCAGCAGCAUGCAGGGCGUGGAGAAUAUUGUGGGAAUGAGAGACGCAGCAGCCACAAAAGAGAAGGAGGGAGCUUCCUCACAGGAGACUUCAGAGUCGUCUAACUUUGAAGAUAAUCCUGCGGAAUCUUCCGGAUCCGAUGAAGAUAUCACCGACGAGAAGAAUGUGGAUAUUACUUAAAUUUGCACGCUCCUCUUAUCUUGCUUUUCUCGAUUGCUUCUAUUUUAAUGAAAAUUGAUAAUUGUGAUUUUAUUAAGGCCCACUGUAAAACGGUUUGAGCUGAUUUGAAGCAUACUCCCAAAAAGUUCAACCAUCUUCAUCAUUUCCAAAAACCCAAUCCCUCUAACACAAGACUACUUUUUAAAAACUGUGGCAAUUUUAGGUCUAUAUUCUUUUUGAUUCUUCUUGCUCAAUAUUUAUUGAUAGAUUCUAUUUAUUCCUAAUAUAUUCUGUUUUUACACCAAAUCACUUUUUAUUCGACAAUGAACAAAUCUAGAUCGAGAUUAGAGCAUUUAUCGACGUAAAAGCACUCUUUCCAAACAUUGGUACACAUUAUACAUAUAAUAAAUUGCGCAUUUAGCGAAUAGGUUAUCAAUUGUCAAAACUUAUGGUUAAGGCGAUUACUGCAACAAAGACGAAGCGUUAAAUUCUAGGAAUAGUCUCGGAACGAAUCGAACAAUAUCAAUGUAUUUUCUCCGGCUCCAGUUUGAGCUACAAUAAACACACAAACACACUGAUGAAACUCACAUGAUUACCAUUUCGCAGAGGCCUAUCAUAUGCACUUACUGACACACACAAUAAGAUGGCAUUUUCCUUUUGAAAGCAUUCUUUCGUUGAUAGUAGUUAUCUAGAUUUUUCUUAUACAUUCACAAAGUUAAUAAGCAUGAAUAUGAAUGGUUAUUACGAGAGUUAGUCAAUUGUCACAUGGAAAACGAAGCAAAGCACUCAAGCACAGACACACAUUUACAUAAACACAAACAUAAACAUUAUGACCGUUACAUUGCACACGAAUACCGAAAACAAUGAAGCAUAAGUUAUUAGUACAAAACCCAAUAAUGGUGUAAUGGUGAGACCUACAGAUCGGAAAUCUACAAUUAUUUUACCAAAUUUGUCAAAACUUUCCAAACGAUGCAUUGAAUGGUUCAAGGAAUAUUGUACUUUUUAAUUCUCAAAUGUAGAUGUAAGUGAUAUCCUUCGAGUUGGGUUUCGUUUUGAUUCAAAUUCAGGGUGCGGUCCGUAUUACACACAAUAUUGGAUCAUAUUUGACACAUUGUUUCAUAUUAUUAUCGUUCUCUAGAGAAGGAUGAAAGCUCACCAGGAUUCGUGUUUAAAAUUUGAAUCAAAACGAAACACAUUCAUAACACGACUCUUUACAAACAAUUUAAGAAUGCAGAUAGUGAAACCGUAAAUAUAUACCCCUUUUUAGCAGCAACGUAGUCAGCAAUUGUGAGUUGUGUAGUACGAUGCAUAAUUAUAUCCAUUUACAGAAACUCAAACAACAGAAAACGAUAAACAUCAUAACGACAAUUGAUCUGUAGUUUCAGUAAAUAGGAAUCACAUUCAUGAAUUAAAGUCAUACAAUAAAUCUACCAUAUUCGUCCUGAACUGGAUUACGGAGUGAAUAACAUGCAUUCAAUAAAUGGAUUUAACAGUUAA